UGCGGGACAGGACGAGGCUUCCUGUCUGCGCCUGCGGAAUCGCCGUUUGACCCCGGAAGUGCCGGCGCUCCGGGAGCUGUCACCGUGGACGGCGGCGGCGGCGGCACAGCGCCGGCAGUGGAGCCGCCGAGGUCCCCACACUGGACUCUCCCACUGCCGUCUCUGGAAGGUGAGCAUGGAAAGGACUGGGCCUGUGAGUCAUUUAGAUGUCUGCGCUGGAGGGCCACGCAGCACAAUGCCCGCUCUGCCCCUGGACCAACUCCAGAUCACCCACAAGGACCUGAAGACAGGGAAGCUGAGGACUUCACCAGCGCUGCACCCCGAGCAGAAGGCAGACCGGUAUUUUGUGUUAUACAAACCGCCCCCUAAAGACAACAUUCCCGCCCUAGUGGAGGAGUACCUGGAACGCGCCACCUUCGUAGCCAAUGACCUCGACUGGCUCCUGGCCUUGCCUCACGAUAAAUUCUGGUGCCAGGUCAUCUUCGACGAGACCCUGCAGAAGUGCCUGGACUCCUACCUGCGCUAUGUCCCCCGGAAGUUCGACGAGUGGGUGGCCCCGGCCCCUGAGGUUGUUGACAUGCAGAAGCGCCUGCACCGAAGUGUUUUUCUCACCUUCCUCCGCAUGUCCACUCACAAAGAAUCCAAAGAACACUUCAUCUCCCCAUCUGCUUUUGGAGAAAUCCUUUACAACAACUUCCUGUUUGAUAUCCCAAAGAUCCUGGACCUCUGCGUGCUCUUUGGCAAAGGCAACUCCCCGCUGCUGCAGAAGAUGAUAGGAAACAUCUUUAUCCAGCAGCCGAGUUACUAUAAUGACCUAGAUGAAACCAUGCCCACCAUCCUUCAGGUCUUCAGCAACAUCCUCCAGCACUGUGGUUUGCAAGGAGACGGGGCCAGUGCCACACCCCAGAAGCUGGAGGAGCGGGGCCGGCUGACCCCCUGCGACAUGCCUCUCCUGGAGUUAAAGGACAUUGUGCUCUACCUUUGUGACACCUGCACCACACUCUGGGCCUUUCUGGAUGUCUUCCCUUUGGCUUGCCAGACCUUCCAGAAACACGACUUCUGUUACAGGCUAGCUUCCUUUUACGAAAUCGCAAUUCCUGAACUGGAGUCUGCAAUUAAGAAGAGGAGGCUUGAAGAUAGCAAGCUGCUAGGUGACCUGUGGCAGAGGCUCUCCCAUUCCAGGAAGAAGCUACUGGAGAUUUUUCACAUCCUCUUGAACCAGAUCUGCCUUCUCCCAGUCCUGGAAAGCAGCUGUGACAACAUUCAGGGCUUCAUCGAAGAGUUCCUUCAGAUCUUCAGCUCUUUGCUACAGGAGAAGAGGUUCCUCCGGGACUACGAUGCACUCUUCCCCGUGGCUGAUGAUGUCAGCCUGCUGCAGCAGGCCUCGUCAGUCUUGGAUGAGACGCGGACUGCCUACAUCCUCCAGGCGGUUGAGAGUGCAUGGGAAGGGGUGGACCGAAGGAAAGCCACCGAUGCCAAAGACUCACCGGCAGCUGAGAAUCCUAAUGGGGUCAUGGAGAUGGCAGAGCCAGCUGGUGGGAUGUCAUCACUUCCUAACUCGGAGGAAGAGGAGUGCAUGGGGGCAGCCGCUGCCCUAGGCCCUGCCAUGUGCGGCGUGGAGCUGGACUCACUCAUCUCCCAAGUGAAGGACCUGCUGCCAGACCUCGGCGAGGGCUUCAUCCUGGCCUGCCUGGAGCACUACGGCUAUGACCCGGAGCAGGUCAUCAACAACAUCCUGGAGGGGCGGCUGGCCCCUGCCCUCAGCCAGCUGGACCGCAGCCUAGACAGGCAGGUGAAGCCGGACCCAACGCCCCUGCUGACGUCUCGUCACAACGUCUUCCAGAAUGACGAGUUUGACGUGUUCAGCAGGGACUCGGUGGACCUGAGCCGGGUGCACAAGGGCAAGAGGAAGGGAGAGAACACGCGGAGCCUGGUGAACGACAAGCGGGAGGUGCUGGCGCAGCGGCAGCGCUAUGAGCAGUACAGUGUGGUGCUGGAGGAGGUGCCGCUGCAGCCGGGUGAGGGCUCGCCUUACCACGGCGACGACUACGAGGACGAGUAUGAUGACACAUAUGACGGCAACCAGGUGGGCGCCAACGAUGCUGACUCGGACGAUGAGCUCAUCAGCCGCAGGCCCUUCACCAUCCCUCAGGUGCUGAGAACCAAAGUGCCCGGAGAAGGGCAGGAAGAGGACGAGGACGAGGAGGAGGCUGAGGAUGAGGCCCCCAAGCCCGACCAUUUUGUGCAGGACCCUGCGGUGCUGCGGGAGAAAGCAGAAGCCAGGCGCAUGGCCUUCCUGGCCAGGAAAGGGUACCGGCAUGACAGCUCGGGGGCGGUGGCCGGCAGCCCCCGGGGUCAAGGACAGAGCCGGGAGACAACGCAGGAACGCAGGAAGAAGGAAGCCAACAAGGCGACUCGAGCCAACCACAACCGGAGAACCAUGGCCGACCGCAAAAGAAGCAAAGGCAUGAUUCCGUCCUGAGGCUGCUGCGCCAGGGCCAGCCGGGCCUGCGAGGCUGAGUUACUGCUGCCUGGGUCCUCCUCACCAGUUGGCCCCCUGCUGGGGCCCCAAGUUCAAGUCCUCCUCUCAAUAGCCUCAGCUUUGCCGCCCCUGAGAAGGCUGCCUCCUCAUCCACCAGCCAGCCGUGAGCGCCUUCCUGCAGAACACACAGUGCCUUAUCCCACGGCGGAGGAACCCAUGGGGCCGGCGAGCAGGUGAAAGGGACGGGGACAGAGCCCCUAGGCAGGCCCCCCCCCAAGCCUCGUGCAGCAAGACACCACCUCCCUUUCUCCCUGGACGGCAGGAAACCUGUAUAUUCAAAAACAAAAAACAAACAAAAAAGGCCUGCGAAUAAAGUUUUUGACCCUUUGAA